AUGGGGAUAGCAGAACAUCAUGACUGCCUGUCUUACUCGGCUUUGCAAGUAUUAUCCAGGAGGUGCUAUGGGAAGCAGAGAUGCAAAAUCACGGUCAACAAUCACCAUUUCGGGAGCCCCUGUCUGCCAGGAGUGAAAAAAUACCUCACUGUCAGCUAUGCCUGUGUUCCCAAGAACAUACUCUCAGCGAUUGAUCCAGCCGUUGCUAAUCUAAAACCUUCUUUGAAGCAGAAAGAUGAUGAAUAUGGUAUAAACUUUGACCCAAGGGAACCGAGGGUUCUGAGGAAAGAUGGAGUUAUUGUUAGCAACUCUCUGGCAGCAUUUGCUUACAUUAGAGCUCACCCAGAGAGAGCAGCGCUGCUGUUCGUGUCCAGUGUCUGCAUCGGUCUGGCACUCACAUUGUGCACCUUGGUCAUCAGAGUGUCCUGUACCAAGGACUUCAGGGAGCUGCAGCUGGCAAGGGAGCACCUGGUGCCAGAAAGUGACAAGGCUGAGGAAAACAGCGAGGAUGAAGAGGGGGAGGAGGACUCCUCUGACUCCGAUUUUCCAGGAGAACUAUCUGGGUUUUGUAGGACUUCAUAUCCUGUCUACAGUUCCAUAGAGGCUGCAGAGCUGGCAGAAAGGAUUGAGCGCAGGGAGCAAAUCAUCCAGGAAAUAUGGAUGAACAGUGGUUUGGACACUUCACUCCCCAGAAAUAUGGGCCAGUUCUACUGAAAAAGAGCUGUAUCUUCACAUGAUCACACUUGCUGAAGAAGGAAGGAUCCACAAUGCCCCUCUGGUUCUGUUUCACUCGUACCUUCUGUGAAGGAGUAUUCGUCAUGUCAUCCAAUACUGGUGAAGCCAGAAGCUAUUAAAGGGACAUUUCAAACUGUUUACGACACAUUUCAAAAUAAAUUAGGAGGGAAGUCUUUGUUUUCUGUAUUUAUUUAAAUUCAUUUUUAUACAUUAACACAGAGUGCACAUUUACUGAGGGCUUAUAAUGGCGGCACUGUUCUAUAGCUGCUUUUCAUGUAUUAAGCUGUUUAAUCCCCACAACAGCUUCAUGAGAUAGUGCUAUCCACCCCAUUUUACAGAUGAGUAAACAGGAGGUCCCCUACAUCCAUAAAAAAAUUGUACUGAUAUAGAGACAGCAAG